UUGAAUUCCUUAGUUUCCAAGGAGGACACAUUUUUGGGAACUUUUCUGAGAAAAUGGCAACUUUAAAUGAAAAGAAGACCUGCAGCGAACGUAUGGCAGAUUUCCGUCGUUUCGUCUGGAAUCCAGAAACAAAGCUCUUCAUGGGAAGGUCCUUAAUUAACUGGGUGUGGAUCAGCCUCUACUACCUGGCUUUCUACGUGGUGAUGUCAGGGCUGUUUGCACUCUCCAUUUAUUGUUUAAUGAGGACGAUUAAUCCGUACGAGCCAGAUUACCAAGACCAGCUGAAAUCCCCAGGUGUAACUUUACGACCGGAUGUUUAUGGGGAUAGAGGACUACAAAUUUAUUACAACGUAUCUGACAACAAAACCUGGGAAGGUUUAGUGACAACUCUUCACACUUUUCUGACAGCAUAUACACCAGCUGCUCAGCACCUGAACAUCAACUGCACCAAUAAUACAUACUUCAUCCAGGACACCUUUGAUGGCCCGAAUAAAACAAAACUAUCCUGCAAAUUUACCUCAGACAUGCUUCAAAACUGCUCCGGCAUCACAGACCCAACUUUUGGAUUUCCAGAAGGAAAACCCUGUUUUAUUAUAAAAAUGAACAGGAUCAUCAAGUUUUACCCUGGCAAUGGCACUGCACCAAGGGUGAACUGCUCAUAUGUGGUAAGGGGUGAGGAGUCUCGCCCGCUGGAGGUGGACUACUACCCUGUGAAUGGCACCUUCAACCUGCACUACUUCCCCUACUACGGGAAAAAGGCCCAGCCCAGCUACAGCAAUCCCUUGGUAGCUGUGAAAUUUCUCAACAUUACAAGGAAUGUAGAACUUAAAAUAGUGUGCAAAAUCAUUGGAGCUGGAAUUACCUUUGAUAAUGUUCAUGAUCCGUAUGAAGGAAAAGUGGAAUUUAAACUGAAAAUAGAAGACUGA